CCCCGCCCGCCCCCGCCCCCCGGCCUGGGCGCGGGCAGCCGCGGAGCCGCCGCCGGGCGGAGCGGCGCGGCGCCGGCGAGCGGUGCUGGCGGGAGGGCACGGAGCGGCGCGGGGCUGGGCUGGGCUGGGCUGGGCUGGGCUGAGCUGAGCUGAGCUGAGCUGAGCGCAGCGCGGCGCCCCGCGGGAGGAGCGCGGCGGCGGAGUGCGACGCGGCCCCCGCCGCUGCCUGGAUGCCAGAGGCGCCUCGGGAGCCGGCGACCGGCGGCACCCGGGAGGGCCCGGGGGAGGAGGCGGAGGAGGCGGCGGCGGCGAAGGAGGGGGAGGAGGAGGACGAGGACGACGACGACGACGACGACUCCGGGCGCGGAGGGGAGGGAGCCGACAGCGCUGGCCAUGGCCUCCAACUUUAACGAUAUAGUGAAGCAGGGCUACGUGAAAAUCCGCAGCAGGAAGCUGGGGAUUUUCAGACGAUGUUGGUUGGUUUUCAAGAAGGCUUCUAGCAAAGGACCCAGGAGGCUAGAAAAAUUUCCAGAUGAGAAGGCAGCAUAUUUCAGGAACUUUCACAAGGUAACUGAGCUGCACAAUAUCAAAAACAUUACUAGACUGCCUCGAGAGACAAAGAAGCAUGCAGUGGCCAUUAUCUUUCAUGAUGAAACGUCAAAGACGUUUGCGUGUGAGUCAGAACUAGAGGCUGAAGAAUGGUGCAAACAUCUCUGCAUGGAGUGUCUAGGAACCAGGCUCAAUGAUAUAAGUCUCGGGGAACCAGACUUGCUUGCUGCCGGAGUCCAGAGAGAACAAAAUGAGCGAUUCAAUGUAUAUCUCAUGCCUACACCAAAUCUAGACAUCUAUGGGGAAUGUACAAUGCAGAUCACACAUGAAAACAUCUAUCUCUGGGAUAUCCACAAUGCCAAGGUCAAGUUGGUCAUGUGGCCUCUGAGCUCUUUGAGGAGAUAUGGACGUGACUCAACGUGGUUCACAUUUGAGUCUGGAAGGAUGUGUGACACAGGAGAAGGGCUGUUCACCUUUCAGACAAGAGAAGGAGAGAUGAUAUAUCAGAAAGUCCAUUCUGCAACACUGGCAAUAGCAGAGCAACAUGAAAGGUUAAUGAUGGAGAUGGAGCAGAAAGCACGGCUCCAGACCAGUCUGUCUGAACCAAUGACAUUAUCCAAGUCAAUCUCACUUCCUCGUAGUGCAUAUUGGCAUCAUAUCACCCGGCAGAACAGCGUUGGAGAAAUCUACAGUUUACAAGGUCACAGUCUCGGUCCAGGGAAGGUGUCUCGGGCACAGACGUUUCCCAGCUACCCCUCGGAGCAGGGCGAGGAGCACCAGCAGUCCCUGGCGCUGGCCGGCAGCUACGGAUUCAGCUACAGCUCAGGCCUCAUCCAAUGACAGCCGGAGAGCGGCCAGCCGAGAAAGACAGUCUAGCCUGGAGCCUGCCACCAGGGUCAGGAAGCAACAUGCGUCCUCUGCAGCCACAAUUUGCAGUGAAAACUGAGCCCUGCCAGCUCCAGCCUGGUCGCAGCAAAGGCUGAACCCUGAAGAGGCAGCUUCCCUGAAGCAGCAGAGGCUAAGUCGUUAUUUAUUUAUUUUAUCUUUCCUAUUGUUAAUAUGUUUAGAAAGGAGGGGGGGGGAAGCAUUUGUGUUGUAAGAAAGUGAUUGAAACAAAUGAAACUGUGUUGGUGUGAAGGUUUCUGCAUGAAAGGAGAAAGCCCGCUCUGGGCUCUAUCAUGAUGACGCAUUUUGACAUUAGGGUCUUCCUACCCAUCUCCAUUGUCAGGUCAGUUCAUCUUCACUGAUAACAUUUUUAGGUCCUUGUUGCAGCCCACUGAUUCCAAAUGGAAUUGCUGAAAUGCUGCCAAUUAAAUAAACAGCAUAGAUAGUGUAGCUUUUACCCUUAGAAUCAGGUACAGUUGUUAAUUAUUCAGAGGGUCAAGUGUUACCUGAAUCAGACUCCAAUAAGUACUGGAAUAGCAGGUGAAUACUUAGUUUUUUGUUGAGAGUAGAAUUUGGUGCAUUAAGAGAAGGUUACUACCUAGUACGUGUCUAACCUUAAAUUCCUAGAACACAAAUCCUGCCCUUACUAAUAUGCACAUAACUCCCAUGAAUACCUCUAAGAGCUGUGAAUGCACAUAUAAGCAGCAAAGUAGAGCCCUUAGAAAUGCCAAGAAGUCUUCUCAUUUGCAAAUUAUUUAAAUAAUCAUGCCUGCAAGCAUAACUUUAAACAGCAGGAAAACCGUUCUUCAAACAAAUAAAUGUGGGCUGCAUUCCUGACUGGCAAUCUCCUAUUGUAUGUUGUGGGCCAGAUAUGGUACAGGAGCUAAGCUCUGGUCUUGUCUUUCUGGUAAGUGUUACUUUGAUCUUCUCUGUUUCUUUCUCAAAUUUCUGUUUUAGAUGCACAUUCUGUAUUGUAUGAUCAUGGAUCAGGUAUCGGUUUACGUUGAAAAGGAUGAUGAGUACAUCUCAAUGGAAAUUUUCUUUCUUCGGAAGAUGUCUUUUAAAAAUGAACUGUAGAAAGUGUGUUUGUAAUCAGUAAGGAGGGAAUAAGUUGGAAGGCAUACCUGUAGGCAGGGAAGAAGUUUUAUCUAUCCUAAAUAUUUAGAUUUUUUUUAAGUGGCAUCAAAUAUUUAUGUACUUCUUGUGAUGCCCUGGAACAUUUGAAAAUGUGGAGAGAAAAAUCUGUUCUCCUACUAUUAUAUGAGCAGCAUUGCAUUCGAUUCCCAAUACAAAACUCUCUGCCAUGGUUACAAGAGUAUUUCUUCUCAUUAGUUGUUUCUCAGGACAGGUUGAGGAAGCAUGUCAAGGAAGAGACACAUAGACUGUUUUCCAAUUAAACAAUCAGUUUUAUCUAUUAUAAUUUAACUGAAACAGUGCUGUUGGGUUGUUUUAUAUGUACACACACGUAUACAUAUAUAUAUAUAGCAUAAAAAAGUACAGAAGAAACUUUUGCUUUUGAUUAAACAUUUACUGAUACAGUAUGUCUAGCUUUUCUCCGAACAUUUUACAGGCUAACAGACUUACAAACUUAAAGGUUUCUACACUCAGUGAACAGCUGCUGAAUAAAAAAGCUUUGUGAUCCAUUUGAAUGGAACAGUUGCACCCCACCACAAACAGCUUUAUUUUUGCUCUGCUUUCUGUCUCAUUCACUACCUCUUCUCCUUCUCACACUGCUGCCACGCUCAGGAAUGGAACGGCUCCCUGCAGAGAAAAUUUUGAUGAGCUAACACAAUAAUGAAAAACUGUUCUCCCACGCUGUCAGGGAGCUGUACCUAUGGUGCUCUCUGAGCUGUACCCAUCAAGGAAGCUUCAUUCACACUUUCAUUGAAGAAAAAAAAUGUGGUUGACAUUUUGCUUUGGGAAAUUUUCCAGUUUGCAAAUGUUGCAUGCAAAGUGUGAUACGAAAGGAUAGAUACUCAGCUGGUAUAGUUCUGUUAUUCAGUGGAGCUUUGCCAAAAAUAUGCCUUUUGAGGAACUGGCCAAUUAUUUGUAUUUCUGUGCAACUGUGAUCAUUUUCCUUGCCCUAAAAAUAUACAUUUUCUUUAAAAUUUCUUGGAAUAAGUUUCCAGCAUGUUCUGCAGGUUUCUGUGCUGUAUCUGUAACUAUUUUUCUUAGUGAGUUAAAUACUGGUCAUUUAAUGCUUAUAUAGUCUUCAUGGACCCAAAGCAGGAAAAAGGAGAACAGGAGAGUAUCAGAACUGCUUUAUAGAUUCAGUGCCCAUAUAUUUUAAAAAUCUGUCUAAAUCCUAAAGCCAGUGCUUUUGCUGUGUUUUAGAUAAAAACACAGGAUGUAUACGGAAAUGCACUCCUUCCAUUUCCUGAGGAAAGGUUGCUGUCUGUUCCAGAUGAGUUUGUCUUCCUAUACAGUGCAUGAGUAAUGUUCAGUUAAUGAAAAUGUAGAUAAUGUUUCCAAAAAAGAAAAUAAAAGGUACUGGCUAUCUAGAGGAAUUUUACUAAAUAUUUUGGUUUUGCUACAUUAUGCAACUAUGCAUUUGUAAAGAUUUGUGAAGUGCCAUCUUGUAGCAACAGUUAGAAAACUGAACUCCAGGACAAAGCUGGAGAAUUGAGUCAACAAAAAGCAAAAUUGACUUAUCAGGAUCAUGUUUUCUUUCAGACAGUAAACACAUCCACACCGAAAGUUAAGUGUGCAACUUCAUAGUGUCCUGUAACACAGUCAAACAAGACUGAGCACCUGAAGCACAAAGAUACUCAGUGGCAGGUGGAGUUUGCCAUUCGUGCCACUCCAGAACAGCAGACGAUACCACUGUAAAAUCUGUGUUUGUAUCACUUCCAGAAACGUUCCUCAGAAGAGCUCCAUGAGAACCAGGCAGGCACCAGGCCAAUAGUUUGCCAGAAAUUUCUGUUUUCAUGGAAUUGCUUUAACUCCUGACAUAUGCCUGUCGAUAACACAAGUGAUUUCCCACUGAGACAACUUUGUCCAGCUCCUAGUGGUUCUGCCAGAAGGAAACUCUCUUGGCACCCAUGGUAGAGCUGCCUGCCUAGAGACUACCAGGGGCUUUAAAAAGGCCUGGGGUCCCCAUGAGCCCCUGUUCAAGUCUCGGCUUUCUUCAUGUGCGAGGCACACAGAUAAUACGCCCACUCCUGAUCCAAGAAGAGCUCUGUGUUUUCAGCUAAUGUGCUGCAAAGAGCAGGAGGGCAACCAAAUGUCUUCAGGUGCAACCAAGUGAAAACAAAAUUUAGAGUUAGUGCAUUAAAAAAUGGUAAAAUUAACAUAAGGUCGUUGCCUUCGCUUCAGUGCUGAGGAAUAGUGCAAUGGAAAUACUUCUGUAACCAUGAUUUUACAUUUUAAAACAUGACCCUUGAUAACAGAAUAUUAAUUCUUAUAAAAAAGGAACAGGCAGCAUUAUUAAAUGUAGUUACUAGUAUCUCUUAGCUGUGAAUAUUAUUGAUUGAUGCAUGCUGGUACUUUUGCUUUUGAAUUCACUUGGUGCAGAAAAGGAGAAAUUGAAGGAGACAGGUAAUAAAUCAUAAAUAUGAUGCUAAAGUAAUUGAGUAGCCCCCUUUUUAAAGCAGCUACAUUAUAUUAUUAAUGGUUUAAAUCAUCUGUGAGUUUAUUCCUUUGGAACAAAUUUGCCUGCCUAUGUUAAAGCAAAGAGAAAGAAGAAUGUCUUGUAACACAGUGUUUGCAGUAUUACUGAAUAGAUGUUUAGGCUGUGCUUUGUCUGGUGGGCUCUGACUCCAGUAUCUUGCAAGUAUCUAGUCCAUACAAAAUUCUGCUCUUGAUUUUUUUCCCCAAAUCCAGCAAGAAAAGCAUGGAAAUGUAUUGACAAACCAAGUGAAUUUGUUAGACUAGCUAUUCUUUUUUGUUCUGGCAAAAGUCUGCAACGGCAUUUUGGGAAAUUUUUCAUUUAACAACCUGGGGAUAGAAAUCAUACUGGGAAGCUACAAAAACAUAUCUAAUCAAGUCUUGUAAGCUGAUAAGACUUUGCUGAGGGAAGAGUUAAAAUUAAAUGUCUGAGGUCAAAAAUCUUUUUAAAAUGCUCUGUAUAGCAAUGAUUUAAAUAAUUUAAAUGCCUACAAGCACCAUUUAUUUAGGAGUUGCUACAUGCAGGCAGACUGUGAAGACCCUUACCAGUUCAUGGCAAAAAUUAAAAAAGAGUAUUAAUCAGACCUCUGAAUGGCAUUUAUCAGAAAGGGUAUGAACUUCAUGCUUGUUCAGUUGUUGCUCUCCAGUGUAAUAGAUACUACCACAAAGGACAGUGAUUUUUCAGCUAUUAGAGCACUAGGAACUGACAAAGAUCAUCAGCCCAUAGCAUAUAAACCUCUACUCAGAUUUAGCUCAGAUUUGCUAGUUUUCAACUGGUAACCUAGAAACUACAGGGUGGUUUUCCAUGCUAAAAUAUCCAUCUCUUGAAUUGCUGCCCCUUUUAACAUGAAAUCUAGCAUCGCCUGUAUGCAGCUGUUUCUUUCUAAAACGAAGGGAGGAGGAUGUUCCGAUUAAUCUCUUUUUCAGUUUUUAAUAUCAGUGUAUUUAGCCACUUUUUAUACCUGCUGCAAAGGAAUAAAUGUGGCUUUUAUCCACACACAGAUUGAAGCAGACAGUAGAGAAGGUGCAGAAAGCUACUGUUUGUUUACAGGAAUAGAUCCAACAGCAUUGGAAAGUUUGUUUUUCCAUACAGCCUCCCAAUUAUUUGUGCCUCUCUCCAAAAUAACUUAUUACACAGCAAGUAUAUAUUAAAACCUUAUAUUUUUCACCAUAAACAGCUGGUAGGGUGUCUGCCUAUGUUUUGUUAGUAGAAGAGUGGUGCAUACUGUUGUAGUAGCAUAGCUUCAAAAUUGAAGGGUUUAAGGUUUGAUGUAUUAAUUUUGCGGACGCAAAGUCUGGAACUCCAUAUAGGGUAUGGUGUAUGUUCUUGAUAUUAUAAAUAAAUAAUCUUUGCUUUUGAUUUUAGAUAAAAAGGUGUGCUAUGUUGGAAACAAGUACAUACAUCUGUUGGAAUGAAAGAAAUAUCAAAGUAUAUUGAGUAUCCUGUUGUAAUAAGAAGUUUGUCUUUCUGUGUCCAAGCCUUACAAGCCAGUAAAAGGUGAUAAGGGAAGGUGAUGUGUAUUCAGCAAUUAUUUGAAUGGUGUUAUGCUUAGUCACCAGUUCACCUGUGGAUUCUGGAGAUUAGAAUUCACAGAUGAACUGGUUAUAUUCAAGAAAAUGGAAUUUUCACUAUACAAAGAUGCUUCUUGCAUCUUUGCAUUCAUAUGCAGCAUGGCAGACUUUUAAGGAUGUGUUUGAAACAGAUAAGAGAAUAAUUGAGUUUUAAGUAUAAUUAAUUCAACUUAAAGCAUUUUAAAAUGUUGAUGUUAUGAGUGCAGCAAGUUAUAAUGGAGAAAAGAUUUAUUUUUUAAUUGAAUGCAAGCUCUGAAUCUUUAAGAUGAAGCAGUUCAUCUUUUAAAAUCUCACACUGAUAGUCCCAAAGAAGGGUUAAGGUGUCAUUGUUUUGUGUUUUUUCCUUGAGUACAGAAACCCUCAUGAGGUUAAAUACAUUUACCUCAUUCUGUUCUUACAGUCCUGGAAUUGAAUGGAUACAUUUUACAAUAGUUUUUUUUUUUGUUUCUGUUUAACAAUAUUUGACAUGAACAAAGUUAACCCUCAUUUAUAAUAUAGGCUAGGUCUUUCUCUCCACCUUUUUUUCAUUGUAUGUUAGCAAGAUUGCAAUAGGCGUAUAAAAUAGCACAAAAUUAGUCAACUGUCUUGGCAAUUUGAUACCAAUUACAAAACUAAAGGCUGCAGUUAAACGUUUAUUCUCAUCACUGCUCCUGCUGCUAAAAAAAAAUAAAUGAUAGAAAAUAAAGUUGCCCUUGUUGAUGUUAAUUGUUGAUUUUCCUGAUUUUCCUUAGAUAACAGGCUGUGACAGGAGCUAUUUAUGUUCUAGAACUGCUUUUUGUGAGUUGUACUGAUUUAAGAUGCUUGUAAGGAAAACAGGCAAUAUAGGAAAACAGAAUUGUGACUUCCUACCAAAGUAGGACAUAUGCUCACCUUUUAUCACUGCUCUCUGUUCCAUUUCACUCUGUGAAAAACACCAUCAUAGAAAAAGAGAGAAGAAGAUUUCAGAAGCAUAAUGAAGCAGAAAAAAAGGAUAGGGUAAGAAAUCAAGAAAAAUAAAACAGAUUCUUUAAUCUCUGAAAAGAUAAGAAGAAUUUAGGAGACAUUAUAGGCACAUAGCCCUGUGCCAUGUUGAGUACAAAACAUCUUUCCGGAGUGUUCAACUUCUUGUGGCUUUAUCAGGAUCAGUAUUUUGUGCUUAAUUCAACUCACAGGUCGGAGCUUUUCUAUAACAGUGGGCGCAGUAGUGUUGGACCCCCUUUCCCUAGCAUGGCUGGAAGAACCAUGGAGCAAUCCAGUUAAAGUGCAUUAUGCAACACAGAUGCUAGAAUAUUACUACUUUGCACAAUGCAUCACUACUGCCAUCACAUGAUUUUGUGGAAUUACUUCUGCAAGAUAUUACUAAAAUUGAUUUAAAGUAUUUCAGAGCUGUUCAAACUUCAGGUGAUAAGAACAGCAUCUGCAUUUAUGAUAGAUGAAAAUAUGUACACAGAUGCUCCAGCGUUAUGCUUCUAAUUAUGAAAUGAUGUGACAGAGUUCUGUGAGAAAGCUCCUCCCAUAUUAUGAUUGUUGUGUAAGUGAUGGAAAUUUAAUAUAAAUUGAGAUGAUUUUAGUUCAGAGAAAAAAAUGGUGUUGACAGAGAGCAUUUGGAAUACCUAUAUGUAUUCCAGACAUGCAUUCUUUCCCUCCAACCACACACACAGAACUCAGAACAAAUAGAGAAAGAUACUGGGAAAAAAGGACAGAUACUGCACAUUUGUUUGACUCUAUCUUAGUACAAUAGCUAUUGAUCACUGAAAUCAGGUAACAAAACUUUCUGGUUAGUAUUAUAAAUGAUUUACCUUCCUGAGGCUCUCUUAUUUUAAGACUCAGUUAAGGGAAGUGGUGACAAAUUUAUUAUGCAUUUGCCCAGGUGUUAUCCAGAUGCCUGUCCUCGUUGUUUAUACAUUUUACUUAAUACUGUGAUUAGAAAAGAACAAGACAGAGUUAUGGGAUAAAGCAGAAAGGAGGACACUCUUCUUAUGGGAGUGCCCUAGCCACUUACCUACAGGGCUCUGCAGGCCUCCUCCUGUCUCUCUUAGCCCUAAAAACAUCAGUUAUGUCUGUACAGGUGCCCAGCUUCAGCUGGAGGGGUAGAAAGGGCAUGGGACAGGAAGUGUGAGUUUGGUGCAAGCUGAGGGAAGAACUGAACCAAAGUCUUCCGUGACCUGGAUGAUCUAGCCAGUAGGAUAUUGCGUGAACCAAGGACGGGUGGCAGAAGCAGCUGGGCUUUCAUAUGCCAGUGAAAAGCCUAGUCAUGCUUAGUUUUUUGAAGAGCACACUAGCCUCAGGGAAGGCCCCAUCCCACUGGACCUCAGAGGGCCAGAGUAAUCUGCCAGCCAGCUUGACUCCACAUACACCCUGACACCACAUCCCAGAGAGGCACAGCAGUUGGGAUGCAUCUCGUGCUCAGCAUCUCCUGUCGUCUAGCCCAAGGCAGCUCCCCAGGAAUGUGCAAGUAUUUCAAAAUACCUUCUGAGUUGCCCAGCUUCCACUGCGUUCAACAGAGCCUGAGAACUUGAUAUAUAGUUUCCACUCUUGGGGUCCAGAGCCUAAAAGGACAUUAUAGCACCUCUCUUGUAGACAUACAGGGCUGGUCUUGGAACUAACCCUUAGCACCAGUCCUGCAAAGCUGUUAAGAGGAUUAACUCCUAUUGAGUGGUUGGGCUUUAUAGCAAAUAAGUCUUCUUAUGCUUACUCUGGAGAGUAUUCACUGAAACAGAGUUUCGGCUAGUGUAAAAAACUGCCAUUCAUUUGAAUGGAACUUCACAUAGCCCAAUAACGUACAGCGGUUUUAAGAAACAUCAUAUGGAUAAAAUAAAAAUAAAACAAUCACAGCCCUAGUUUCCAGAAGUAUUUACAAUUAUGAAGAAAAACCUCAGAGAAACAGAAAUGAACCUGACGAUAGUGAGGUCAGUCCUCUGAAAACUUUUCUUUCUCUGAAGUCAGAUUUCUUAUUUGAAUCUUUCAGGAAUAAGCUAGCAUCCAACUACAAUCAAACUAACCAAUGUUGAUUGCAUCUAACCUUUAAAUAGUCUGCUUAGCUUGCUGCAUUGAUCCUCCCCUCUCCUAUUCCUGGAAUAAGACAUGGGUAGGAGUUAGAUGAUUAAGUUGCUCACUGCAGGCAGUUAAAGCUAGUUGUUUCUGAGUGUGCUGGAGAAACUUUUAGUGCCUAUUAGAAAAGGUGCCCAGGAAUUUCGAGCAGGUUGCUGGUGGGAAACAGGGUAAUGUGCUGCACUACCCUGCCUAAAGUGAAAGUCUGGAGGAAUGCAGGUUCAUGUGGUCUGCAGUGGGUCCAGCUCUGUUUCCUAACAGAAACACUGUUUUAUCCAAAGACUCACAGCCAAAGGGGACGUGAAGACAAGCAGAAUUGGCAGUAUGAUGACAGUAUUCUAGGGUCACAGAAAUUCUUUAAUGUAUAGGGACAUAUUUAAGGAGAAUAAGUGGAGAUGGUGUAAUGCAUUGUUCUAGCUUUCACUUUCUAUCAUAAACCGUGAGUUUAAUAUUUUCUCUGUUGAUCCAAAUUCUGGUGAGUGUCUCUCCUACACUCAGAAGUCCCAGCAAAGACUGGUUUCAAAUAUUCUUGUGUCUCUGAAUUCUUCUUUUAAAAAGAAAUGAGUUUAAGCUGUUUAAAGACUUGGCAACACUAUAAAUCACGGAAUUUUCCAUUGAACAUGGGACUUAAACAUCUACCUUUUUCACCUACUGUAUCAUGGAAAAAAAUCUACUUUUCCCUUUCUUAAAAUCUUGUAUGCCCAUUUUCCUGCUACAAGAAAAGUAGUCACCAGUGAUUCAAGAGUCAGUUGUUUAAUAAAAAUGUUCUUUAUUGUAUUUAUCUCCUUUCAGCAAAGUUUCUAAGGCCUUAAAACAGUUUGGAUAGUAUUCUGAGUUAGUUGCUAACUAUAGUUGUGUCAUAUAUGCUUGAUUUUUUUUUUCUUUUUAACUAUUUGGGAAUGCAGUACAGAAAGAAAUAGCACAGUAAUUGUUCAGGAUGAAAUUUCUAAAUUACAGUUGAUUACAUUUACCCUAAAGUAUCUAAAAGUCUCUGAAAGAAAAAGGCAGCUCUACAGAAAAUAUUGAAAAGAAAUAUAAAAUUUUUACCAUUUUACACUGGAAAGCCAAUGUACAUAAUUCAAACCCUGGCAAAGCACAUAGGCUCUUACUGGGUCCCAUCCCACCACACUACACACUACAAACAUUUAAAGCGUUUAUAUGUUACAUUUCAAAUGACACUUCUGGAAGUUUCUCUUGUGCAUAAUUUACUAGCUUUUAACCUAGUGCGAAUAUUGAGAAGGCUGAGGUUUGGGUUGUUUUCCUUUUUUUUUUAAUUUGUUUCAGUCUCAUGUUCAGCUGCUGUUCACUGAUAUUACAACAGUACAAAAAUGAAGCUGUUCAUUUGGGUUUGUUUAUUGAAAAAAUAAUAUAUUGUUUUUAUUAUGCUAUGUGUGAUGUGAUAAUUUUCCCUGUGAACUAUCCUGGUAGAAGUACUAUGUCUAUGGAAUUUGAAUUAAAAAAAGAUUAAAUAACUGCAAAGAUGUGCACUACAGAUUUUUUUUUUCCUUCCUCAAAUCUCAAAAGUAAGCAAUUAUUAAAAAAAAAACAUAAUGUGCAGAAAAGCUACAGGAGGCAGGGUAGGCAGGAAACAAGGGCAUCACCAGAAAUUAGGAAACCGAUGUGGUCUGGCAGGCACUUAACCUCAACCUCUUCCCUUUAGGGUUGUAGUCUGUCUCUAAAAAGAGUGAAACAAUAUCAACUUCUCCGUUAAUAGGUAUUUCUGUAUCAGGAGUUCCGACAGAGAACUUAAAUGUGAUCGAAUUCAUUACAAUAUCAUUUUGGCAUUUUGAUAUUUAGAAGCGAGAUCAUCAAAGAAACUGACCCGAUGCUACAGGGUUUUACUUGUAAUGCUGUGCACAAUUUAGAAUUAUCUGCUAUGACAUUUGAUAACUCAGGAAAUAAAACAACUUAUUAAUAGUACAGUUCUGUGUAUCCUCAUCAACUUCACAUGCAAGCAUUUGUAUUUCCAAAAUCCUUUGGCAAGUGAAUGAAAAAAAGAUAUUUCCCUUGUAAUGUGUAUGUGUCUUUGUUGAGGAGUACACAAAACCAAAAGGAGAUGUUUUCUAAUGGCUUUUGACAUUGUAAACAAUUUACAUCUUCAGUACUAGGUUAAAAGACUUUGUUUAGGUUUUUAAAUUUUUAGCUGGAGUGUAGAAUAGCUGCACAAUGCUAUUAUCAUUCAAGUAGUUCAGAAAAGCCUUGUGUCCACAUUAUUCUCAGAAGAGCCUAGACUCUUCUCCUGUGCCCAUGAAGGCUAAGCGAAAUGUGCUUUUCACUGUCAGGCUGUUGAUGCUCCUUCCUAGCCAACCAGGUGGAACUGGUAACUGCGGUGUAGGCGAUAAUAAUGCCUUCCCCCAAGCACCCCUUUCUUAAAAAAAAAAAAAAAAAUCAUAUUUAAGAACACUUUUACUGAUGUUUCAAGAAAAAAGGGGAACCAAGCAGAGGUGGUCCAGGCAUAUGCAGUUUGUGGUAUGCAGACAUAUACGAUUAUUAGCCAUCAUGGUAACAUCUUCAUCUACUGGGAGUCCAUCUUUAGUAAUAAAGCAGAUUCGUCAAAGGCCAAAAGAUGUGUAGAUCUUAAUUCUCAGGUCUGCCUUCUGGUUCUGUUUGUUUGAGGAUUUUUUUGUUUGUUUGUUCUAUUUUUGUGUGGUUUCUUCUGUAGGUUUCAGCAGAAUAUAUACACAUACACACAUACACACAUCUGUAUGUAUAUUGUUUUGUAAAUGUUCUCAGUCACGCUUUUUUCUCCUUUGCGCCAUUUAUCCAUGUAUCUUCCAUGUUCUCAUUUAUUUUUUUGUGCAACUAAACCUUAUAAUAAAUUAUUAUUAAAUAUAACUUGACAGUGA